AACUAAGAGGCAUCACUUACCACAACAUUGUUACCUAUAUAUUCCAUAGCUAUCUGAAUAUUGCAUCCUCCUAUAUUCCUACGCAUAACAUUUCCUGUGCAAGUGCUCUUAGCAUGUCAAGUUGCUUUCCUCCUUUACAUCGUAGAUAGUUUAGUUUCCCUGUAGCCGCCCACCAUUUUAUUUACAAGUAAGUUAAUUAGCAACCAGAUGUGUACUAUCAACUUUCUUGCAUAUGUUCCUUCUUUAGCGAUUAAACGUUGUGUCAAUCAUUGGUUGAUCAUCAAGUACAGGCCUAUUUAGCUAUGAGUCAUUUUCCUCUUUUUGCAAGAAAAGAAAGAACAGAUGCCUGCCUAGCGAACCGAUGAUGAGUUGCUUUGAUUCUCUUGCUUUACUACAACCAUUUGCCACCAGUUACGCAUGCACUCUUCAUUGCUUAUCAUCAUCCUAAUUAUGAUUUUUCUGUUCUUUUGCGAAAGAAAUACAUUUUACACUCCAUGACAUGAUAAUUAACUACCUCAAAAACAUCUUCGAGUGUAAUUCUCUUUUGAUUUCAUUUACAAGAGCAUUUUACACUCAAGUUGCUUUCCACCUUCUGCUGUCCAUUUCUCCUGUAAGCUUCCACCAUCUUCACAACUGAUGUCUGCAUCCCUAAUUGUAGUAGUAUCAUUUAGCGCGUGCGUGCAUGUGUUUGUGUUCCAUGCAUCUUUAGGGGUUCAACUUGAAGGAAAAAUCCACAUAGUUGUGUCGGUCACUGGUUUGAUCUUCGGCAAGCGAGUGCCGCCAUGAUGUCACUGUCAGUCCAUUUCCUUCUUUUUUGCAAGAAAAGAAAGAAUAGAUGCGCGUUCAACUAAUAAGUUGCUUUGAUUCCAUCGUUGAAUUAUUACUACGACCACUAACCGAUCCGUCUUCGUCACCUAUCAUGCUCCUAAAUUAGGCUCCGCUUGCUACUGCAUUAGCUUUUUCCAGAAAGCAAAUAUGAAGUACGUUCUUGUACAUUCUGCUUGAUAUAAUACUAGUAUCUAUACUUCAACAAACAUCUUUUGUACAGAACUAUCAGUAGCAAAAACAUUACUGUAACUGUGUAACGCUAGUAAUGCUACACUUUUACGGAUUGGAAGUUACGGACUGACGUGGCAUCAUCUGAUUGAAAAGCACGGGGCCCACCCAGUUCGGGGUGGUGAGUGGGGAGAGGACACAUGUUUCCUGUAGGCAAUAUGACAAUCACCAAGCUGAUUGUCAGUCUAUUUUGAGGAGUACAUCACUGUACUGGUGCUAUAUAGCGGAGGAUUUCGCCGAGCUUAUUUGGACAUGGUCAGGAGCACACCACAGUCCUGCUGUCUUCAGUUGUGUCAUCUCUUGCUCUCUUCUUCUACUUUUAUUCUCGCUGGCCUGAUAUACCGUCGUGUCCAGCUUCGAUCCUCGGCAAUCCUAGAGUUGGAGCAUCUAUCACCAUGUCCAACUGCAUGGACGUCUCGGCCACGCCGUCCCCGGAGCCGCCCCCGCCGACAGCGGCGCUGGACUACGACGUCGUGGUGAUCCUGGCGGCGAUGUUGUGUGCUCUGGUGUGCGCGCUGGGGCUCAACUCCGUGCUCCAGCAGUGCGUGGCGCGGUGCACCCGCCGCGCCGUGGCCGACCCCGUCGGAUGGGUGGCGCACCGCCGCGCCAACGGCGGGCUCAAGCGCGAGGCCCUCGUCGCACUGCCCGUCGCCACCUACGCCGGCGAGAAGCAGCACGCGUCGGCCGGUGCCGGGUGCGCCAUCUGCCUGUCGGACUUCAAGGACGGGGAGACCAUCCGCGUGCUCCCAGUGUGCGGCCACCGGUUCCACGUGCCCUGCGUCGACAGGUGGCUCACCUCGCGCUGCUCGUGCCCGACGUGCCGGCGCCGCCUCUCGGCCGACCGCGCCGGCGCCGGAGAAGGGCACCGCCGAGACCUGCAAGUUCUGAACGCCGUGUGAUAUGAUCGAUUGGUUCGCCUCUUUUUGCUUCGCUUCAGAGUUCAGAUCAUUGUUCCGGCGUACUACUUUGUAUGUCAGGUUCCGGCCAUAGCGUGUUUGAUGGUUUACUUUGCCAGCCAUCCUGAGAGCUUUUUCAUUUUAUACAAUAAACUGUUGACGUAUAAAUGUAUUGCCUAGUCUCUUCCGUCAGAUCGGUCUUUUGGUUGCA